AUGGGUUUCAUGAAGUCAUUCGCCGCUGCGGCGGCGCUUUCAGCCCUCGUUCCUGUUUCAUCUGCUUUAAACGUUGAUUCAAAGUCUAAUGUGGCCAUCUACUACGGUCAAGGUGCCUACCAGCAACGGCUCAGCCAUUUCUGCAAGGAGACUUCGCUUGAUAUUAUCAACCUGGGAUUCAUUAAUGUUUUUCCCACUGCUGUCGGAGACUGGCCAGGUUCCAACUUCGGCAAUCAGUGUGACGGCACUUUGUAUGAGGGCACUGAGCUUCUGAAGGGAUGCCACCAAAUCUGGGAGGAUAUUCCUGUCUGCAAGGCCAUGGGAAAGACUAUCCUGCUGUCCAUUGGUGGUGACACGGCCUACCAAAACAUUCCCACGCACGAAGUUGCUGAGUGGUUUGCCGACUUUUUGUGGUAUUCAUUCGGUCCUCCUAAUCAGAACUCGAGCUUCCCUCGCCCGUUCCAAGACAACACCAUUGAUGGAUUCGACUUCGAUAUUGAGCACGAUGGUGGCUACGGUAAGACGGUCUCCCCCGGAGAACACAUACCUGCUGCAGGUGUCAAAAUCUAA